GGCACACAUCAGAUUCAGGAGUUUAUUGGAAAAAAGGAAGGACGAGGAAGGAAGUUAUUCCGUCCCUUACCCAGGGAAGGAAAGCUGUGUCCCGGUUUCUCUCCACCCCUUGCCUUAGGAAGAACCUCGUUUUAAACCUCCCUGGGUCGUAAGCGUGUGGGGCCCAUUGCUGAAGAAAUUCCCAGCCUGGGAGGAAGCUCGAGAGUGAAGAUUGACGGGACCCUCAGCCAGGCCGCGAGCCCCCCGGGAUGCUCCGGGAAUGGCCUCUGGAGACCCACAGAAGGGCAGCCAGGUGGCCUGUGGUGCAGAGGAGACCCGGGGCUUCCUGGACGCGCUCCUGCGAGACUUCCCAGCCCCGCUGAGCCCGGAGAGCCCCGUGCCCUGGAAGGCCCCGGGGACGGUGCUCACCCAGGAAGAGGUGGCGGCCGAGCUGGCGGAGCUGGCGAUGGGCUUCCUGGGCAGCAGGAAUGCUCCUCCGCCCCUCGCUGCAUCCUUGGCCCACGCGGCGGUCUCCCAGCUGCUACAGACGGACCUUUCGGAAUUUAGGAAGUUGCCCAGGCAGGAGGAGGAAGAGGAGGAGGAGGAGGAGGAGGCCCCUGUGACUUUGCUGGAUGCCCAAGGCCUGGCACGGAGUUUCUUUAACCUGCUCUGGGAAGUCGCCAGCCAGUGGCAGAAGCAGGUGCCACCUACUGCCGGGACCCCGCAGCGGCAAUGGCUGGUGUCUAUCCACGCCAUCCGGAACACUCGCCGCAAGAUGGAGGACCGGCACGUGGCCCUUCCUGCCUUCAACCAGCUCUUCGGCUUGUCCGACCCUGUGGACCGCGCCUACUUUGCCGUGUUUGACGGUCACGGAGGGGUGGACGCCGCGAGGUACGCCGCUGUCCACGUGCACGCCAACGCCGCCCGCCAGCCGGGGCUGCCCACGGACCCCGAGGGAGCGCUCAGGGACGCCUUCCGGCUCACCGACCAGAUGUUUCUCAGGAAAGCCAAGCGCGAGCGCCUGCAGAGCGGCACCACAGGCGUGUGCGCGCUCAUCGCGGGAACAGCCCUGCACGUCGCCUGGCUCGGGGACUCCCAGGUCAUCCUGGUGCAGCAGGGACAGGUGUUGAAGCUGAUGGAGCCACACAGACCCGAGCGACAGGACGAGAAGGCACGCAUCGAGGCGCUGGGUGGCUUUGUGUCGCACGUGGACUGCUGGAGAGUCAAUGGGACGCUGGCCGUGUCCAGAGCCAUCGGGGACGUCUUCCAGAAGCCCUACGUGUCCGGGGAGGCGGAUGUGGCCUCCCGGGAGCUGACGGGCUCCGAGGACUACCUGUUGCUCGCCUGUGACGGCUUCUUCGAUUUCGUCCCCCACCAGGAAGUCGCGGGCCUCGUGUGGAGCCACCUGGUUAGGCAGCAGGGCAGCGGGCUCCAUGUCGCCGAGGAGCUGGUGGCCGAGGCCCGGGAGCGGGGCUCCCACGACAACAUCACGGUCAUGGUGGUCUUCCUCAGGGACCCCCGAGAGCUGCUGGAGGGUGGGGUCCAGGGCCCAGGGGACUCCCAGGCAGAUGGGAGGAGCCGCGACUUGCCCUCUGGCCUCUCAGAGCCCCAGCCCGAGGCUCCAGGGAGAAGCUAGGUGGUGCCGGCCCCUGCCCGGCGCCUCCUCCCGCCCUUGCGACUCUGCCCCUCGGAGCAUGGAGCGCAGUGGCAGGGGCGGCCGCCCACACAGCGCUUCCCCGGCACCCAGGAGCGCUGGAGGGGCUCGCCACGGCCCGUGCCGGCAGCUGCAGAACUGCUCUGGCAGAAGGAAGCCGAGGGAGACCUCACCAAAGAGAAAGUGACCCAGGAAAGGGACAGGCUCCUGCUCCUGGCUCCCACUGGGCCAGGGGUGGGACCAGAGGCCACAGGGGCCCGGGCAGGAGCCAAAGCAAAGACACUGGUGUGUGGUGGGGCAGCGCGGUCGCGGGGUGGGACCCUCGAGCAGAGCCAGGAGCUGCAGACUUCUUCGAGCGUGUCCUGGGGCCGGGCGCACAGGCAGGGUGUCCGGCCUGGUCUUCUCCUCGCUGGGGCGGGCCGGGAGGGUCGGUGCUGACAGGUCCGCCGGCAGGUCCUGGGUGGCCGCCCCGGCUUCCCCGACUCCCCGAGAGGAGAGAGCAGCCCCGCCGGAGAGGGGGUGCCAGGUCUGCGGCGGCCGCCCCGCUCCUGGGCGACUCUGGCCACUCUCUUCCCUCGGGCACCGGGAGGUGAAGCUCAGAACGGACGUCUCACACGUGUCUUUUGUUUGUGUGUUUGGUUUUUUUCCAGGGAAAAGUCGAAUUCAGAAGCAGUAUUUCAGGUUUUAUCAGUGCCAUGGUGACCUGUUGUGUCAUCUAAUUUAAGCAGAGCUUAGUGUUUAUUUUAUUCCUUAGCAGACUUAAGUAUUUACUUUUUUUUUAAAGCUAUUUUUCGAGGAAACCUUUUUUGCAGUAUUACUGAAUUUAUUUUCUGAAUCAGGAUUGGAACAGAAACUUUUCCAGGUGGUGUUAAUAAGCCACUCAAGUGCCUUAAACAGCUUUAGACGAGGCCAGAGCUGCUGUGCCUGCCGUGGGUUCCGAUGGGCGAGUCGAAGUCUUUACAAAAGCAGGAUUUGUUUUCUUGGGGAGGCGUGAUUUUGGCUGGAAUCUUUCUGGAAGAGUUCUUUCUGCCUCUUGGUGAUGCAGAGUGCCCAGGGGCGUGGCUGAGGAGCCUGCGGGAGCUGCAGCUGCUGGGUGGCAGUGCCUGGGCCCCACAGCAGGGCUCCGGGCACCUGGGGUGACUGUCACCCGUCCGCCGCCACACCCAGCCCCGGGCCCUGGCUGGAGCCCAGGCGGCAAGACCUUGCAGAUUGACUGGAAUGUCCCCCAACGUCUUGUGUAUUUGUAAUCAGACUGGUCUCAUGGGGAAAGACGCUUAAUUAAGAGGCUCUGGCAAGCCCAGCAGCAGCCUGUGUGUCUCUGGCCUUGUCUGGAGGCAGCAGGGGUGCUGCUGGGAGUCUGACGGCACCAGCCACACCCCUGUCUCACCCGUGGCCGGCGGCCUCCCUGCCUUGCUCUGCCCUGUGGCCUGAACAGCUCGUUCCCUGGCGCACCCUGGGGAGGCGGGGCUGACACGCAACCACGCAUGGGUGCCUCGGGGGCUCACAGAGCAUGUGCAAAGCCAAGAGUGGCAGGGCUGGGCGCGGGCGCCAGGCGGAGGACAGGGACACAGGUCGGCCAGCGCAGGAGGUCCCCGGGGAACAGCGUUGGAAGGGCUGAGCCACGGGUAGGGCUGCUUUGGGCAGAGGUUCAAGGUCUCCUGAUAAAAAGCAUCUUAAACACAGUCAUUGUCAUUCAGAGAACAGUUGGCCCCCAGCAAUGACCAGGUGUUGCUUGGCUUAACUUGAAGGCCCUCUGCCUCCUGGGGGCCAGAAACCAGGGCUCCUGGUGCCCUCUCGGCACAGGACUGCCAGCCUGUCCUGCCCUCGGGCAUGACCUUGACAGAGGAAGCGAGCUAUUGGCUUCUGUUUUUGUGGGUUUUUUUUUUUUUGCUAAUCUUAUUCUGUUCGUGGCUGCCAAGAGUGGAGCUUCACUCCGUGGAGGUUUGGGUCACUCCGUUUGGCUAUGUGGCUCCCCCUGGCCAGAGCCCUACCAGGAGAUCCCCCCAGGCCUGUCUGAGCGCCUCCCCUGACCCCUGCGCCAGGCGGCAUGGGGCCAGCCGUGCCCCUGCCUGGCAGAGGUCUGGCAGCCAGCAUCGGGGGCUGCUCUGCCCUGGCUCUCCCCCUGUGCAAGGCUGGCCUUGUGCCAGCUCCUAGGCGCAGGGGAGGGCUCUUCCGUCUUGACGAGGGCUGGACUGGGAGUCACCAGGCGCCUUCAGCUCCGAGACUCCUGGGCCACCUCCUCUUCAGGCCGCGGUCCCACAGGGAGCCCUAGCCAGGGACACUGGUCUGGAAAUCUUAAUUUCUUUCUCAAGCCCUAGCUUGGCCACUUGUUUAUUGUAUGAGCUUAGCAAGUCAUUGCACCUCCCCAGGCCUCAGUUUCCCUUUUGUAAGGCGCAGGGGUUGUGCUGAGUCUGCAGGGGAGAUGCUGCCAGAGCCCAGGGCCCCUCCCCCACCGCCAGCGGGGAGGGGUGAUUAAGUAUUAUUACUGUCUAUUCUUAAAAAUUAAGUGGGUUGGAAAAGACUGGAGCUCCAGUUGCCAGCGCCUUAUAUGGAAUGCAAGACCUGCACUGGAGCCCUGCUUUACAGGUAGGGCGGCCGGCUGUGGGGGCGGGAGGUGCUCCAGCCUCAGAAUAGGAAAUGGGUGUGUUCUAGGGGGCAAGGGACACGGUGUGGCAUCAGGGCCCCAGGACCCAUGGGAGAAACACAGGCUCUCUGAGGUCUCGGGUCAGCCUUGAGCCAGCCCUUGCCCUUGGCCGCAACCGUGUUCGGCCUCCCCGGGCCAGCACGGUCCCAGCCCUCACCCUCCCCUGCGCCGUGAGCCCUGCCGGGUGCCGGCUACCUCAGCAAUGUCCCCAGGGCUGGGAGGACGGCCCUGGCUGUCCCCAGGCCUGGCCCUGCCCCAGCUGAAUGGAAGCUGGGUGGGCCUGUGUGAAGGAAGCUGAGUGUUGGUUCGAUUCUCUGCAGCACGAGGGGGCAGCCCCCGGGGUCCUGCGCUGUCGGCCCAGGCUCCACGGCUCUGCCAAACGCACCAAGCUUUGCCAUCACAUGCCGUGCCGGCCUUGCCAAGGGCUUAUCUGCACAGCCCAGUGCGCUUCCUGGGACCCAUGUUCUACGACAGGGUGACUGUCUCCCCUGUUCUUAGGGCCGAGUCCCAGGAGGAAGGGGCCAGAAGGGUGUUCUCCCGGGGCCCCCUGUGCAGAAGUGUCAAUAAACCACGAGUUCUGA